AUGGGCUGCAGUCAAUCCAAGACAACGACCGACGACAUCGUCGAGCGCGUAUCAAAAGACACUUUUACGGUCGAAGUGCUGGCCAAUACCGAUGUUUCAGCCCCUGCGAUUGCUAUUGAGGACCCGCCAGCAUCGACGGAGGAGGAGCCGCCUACUGUUCGUGCGUCUGUGUCAAUUAAUGAUGUUGAAGAGGAGGAACCUGCUGCUGCGCCAAUUGAAGGAGAGGUCAAGAAAAUCGUGGAGUCUGCUGCUGAAGGAGAGGUCGAGAAAGAAGUGGACUUUGCUGCUGCAGCAGCAGGUGAAGAGGAGGUCGAGAAAGUCACGGAGUUUGGUGCAGACCACGUCGAGGAGGUUGUUAGAACAGAUGCAACAUCUUCAGUGAACGAGACGCUUGUACUAAAUUGUGACGCUCCCGUGGAAGAGGUUGCUGAAACACUUGCACACAUGGAAGUAGUUGCUGAAACAUCUGCAUCAGUCGAGGAGGUUGCUGAAACAUCUGAAUCAGUCGAGGAGGUUGCUGAAGCAACUGCAUCAGUCGAGGAGGUUAUUGAAGCAGUUGCAUCAGUCGAGGAGGUUGUUGAAGCAGUUGCAUCAGUCGAGGAGGUUUUUGAAGUAGCUGCAUCAGUCGAGGAGGUUGCUCCGAAAUUGGAGGACAAGGAAAAUGAUGAAGCCUUUACUCUACAGUCGGCACCUCUUGUUGAAAAUAGUGUGUUAAAAUUGGAGGCUGAGGUUGACGCUUUGAUACAAGAGGAGGACGAACCAAAGUCGGAGGUGAUGGCUGUCGCCCCUGAGAGCGAGACUAAGGUUGCUGAAAGCUCACUAGUCUUCAAGGCCGCGAACGUGACGUUUAACGACAAGGGUGUCGCUUUCUACAACUUCGAUGGCUCCGACUUAAGCAAUCCUGUCAACGACGUGCACAUAUCGAAACGCUAUUCGGAUUUCAAGGCUCUGCACGCGCAGCUGACGGGCAAAGGCAGCAAGGUGACGGACCUUCCAGCCUUGCCUGCUGCCUCGUUCUUACAAGGCCGGAAUAACAGGAAGUUGUUGGAGGAACGCAAGAGUCAAUUCACCAUCUUGCUAAACGCUAUUGCAGCGCACCCGAUUGCAUUGCAUAGCGACGUGUUUAAGGCCUUCUUGGCGUAA